UCCGGCGGAAGGGGCGGACGCGGCGCUGGCCGGAGGAGUUUCCGCGCCUUCGCCUGGGUGGCGGGGUGCCGCGCUGCGCCGCCCGGAGCCGCGUCCCGCCGCCCCCCGCUCCCCGUUCCUCUCGGGCCAUGCUGCUGCCGUCCGACGUGGCCCGGCUGGUGCUGGGGUAUUUACAACAGGAAAAGCUCCUAGCUACCUGCCGUGAAUUUAUUUUGGAAAGCUCAGAUUUGAAAGAAUAUGCAGAGCACUGUACAGAGGAUGGGUUUAUUCCAGCCUGCUUGCUGUCUCUAUGUGGAAAAAACUUGACAACUAUCCUUAAUGAAUAUGUAGCCAUGAAAACAAAAGAAACAACAAAUGAAGUUCCAGCAAUGAUGUCAUCUCUGUGGAAGAAACUAGACUAUACGCUUUCUCAGAUCAGGAGCAUGCAGAAUUCCACAGGAUUUUCUGCUAAUCAAAGGACACGUACAAGGAGUGGAAUUGUAGAAAUGAAGAGACAGAGGAUGCUUCAGCAGUCAGCUCCCGCAAACCCGGGAUUGUUGUCAGUAGCCCAUCAGUCAGGGCCACAGAAUUCCUCUCCUGUUGUUUCCUCUCAAGUUAUUCACAGACCAGCGGUAAAUCCAAGCGUGUCACAGACAAGACUGAAUACGUUGUUUGUGCACCCAUCACAAACCCAAGAAAGCAAGAUCACCACAGGAGAUUUCAUACACAUUCAAGUUCCAGCAUCACAAGAACGAAAGUUUCAUUCAAACUUGCUUUCUCCAGGAAGACGAAAAAGUGAAUCUCAGAAGAGGAAAAGCAUCGCAACCUCUGGACCUCUUUCAGCAACUAGAAGUUCUCAAGACCCUGAGGAAGUAAUAAUAGAAAAAGAAAGUGAGCCGCUGGAAGAAUUCAUAGAUGGUAACUUCCCACAACUGGUUAUUGAAAAUGCCAGAGAAAAAAUCUUGAGCAACAAAUCUCUUCAGGAGAAGCUUGCUGAGAACAUUAACAAAAUCCUGGGCAGUGAUGGCAAUGUCACUCAGGCCCCUAAACAGACAGACAGUGGUCCCACAGAACAGGAGACUUCGAUUGAUGAAAUCCUUGGACUUCAGGGUGAAAUUCAUAUGUCAGAAGAGGCCAUACAGGACAUUCUACAACAGACAGAAUCAGAUCCAGCUUUUCAGGCACUCUUCGACUUGUUUGAUUAUGGAAAGAGCAAGGUAAACAAGAACUUACCUGCUGGUAUUUCUGGUCAGAAUGGAGUAGAAAAUGCAAUCCUGGUGGAGGAGGAUAACCUGGAAACUCUUGGAAGUUCUUUAGGAACGGAAGAAACUAGUAGGUGUGAUAGUUCUAGAGAAUCGCUGUCCUGUAAGGGUUUCCCGUUAGGAGAAGCAUCGGGUGCCUUGAAGACCAGCAUUACUGAUGACAUGGCUAAGAAAAAUGCAACCAACGAACAGUUGCAUGGACAUAGCAGACCAAGGAAGCAGACUGAAGUACUUGAAACCGUUACCCCUGAACAGAUGGGAGAGCUUGAAAUCGCUUUUGACUCUGUGACUGGUUUGACGGCACCGAACCAGAGACAGAGCCCUGGUGGUGAAUGUAACGAGCACUGCGGAGAUUCUUACGAUAAAAAAGAGGCGUCUGUGUUAGUGUCUGACACUGAAAGAGCUGUGGAAAUUGCACAAGACUCACUAAAUCAGAGUGCUCGAAGUACUCCUAAUCUAGAAUAUGUUCAUUCUGGUAGUCAGCGGAUUUCUUUGAUUCCAUUGGCAGAAGGUACUAGAGCCAGUGAAAACAAAACACAUUCUGGAAAUAAAUGCCAAUUAUCACCGAAUACAUCAUUAUCUGAAAACACACUCACUAAAAGCCCUUCUGAUGGGAGCCCUGGCCACAGUGUACUGCUGAGAAAAAACAAUUCUUCGAUUUCUAGCCCAUCAGCAGAUGCAGGAAAAGAACAGGCUGUAACAACUGGUACAGCUGCCAUAGCUGGUGUUUUACCAGGGAGCUGCAGCUCCCGCUCUCCCCAUCAGGAACAGGGAGCACAGUCGGACUGUGCUGCCAGGCCCGCAGGGAAGGUUUCAGAUCUGGUCAAAACAGAGCUGCAGCUUCAGGUUGUUGAUACUUCUAACAAACCUUAUUCAAAUGAUCAGCAUACACUUGAUAAGCCUUCUAAGACAGAUUUUAACCUCCCUUCAGCAUUGUCAAACUCAGAGGGAACACAAGGGGAAAUGCAAGAGCCUUCAUCUUCUACAAAAGUAGAUGCUGAUAAUAUGUAUUUCUCUUCUGGUGAUGGUGCGUGUACAGCAAUUUCUGUAGUAUCCCCUGAAAAUAAUCUUACUACAUCUGAAAUAUGCCACUCUCCUCCCCCACAAACUGCAUCCCCAACAGAGGAGUCAGGUACUGAGGCCAAGAGCAUCAGCGGUGUAUCUUCUAGUAGUCAACCGAUGGAUGUUGAUCCUUCCAAUAUAAUGUCCCUCAAGAUCAUCAUCAGCGAUGAUCCAUUCAUUUCAUCAGACACAGAGUUAAAUAAUGCUGUUUCCAGUAUCACAGGAGAAAAUUUGCCAACUAUAAUAUUGUCUUCUCCAGCCAAAUCCCCAGCCAAAAGUGCAGGCCUGUCCAAAUGCCUCAUGUCAGAAGAUGUGGAAAAAAAUGUGGAUGCGGCUUUGGCGGAGCAGAAUCUUCUUGUGCUUAGACCUAAGGAUCCUGUGGUCGCCACAGUUAACGCUCAGAACGAAGACUGUGCCGCUUUUGCAGUUGCUGAUAAAACUAAUCUCUCCAAGGAAGGGGGAUUUAUACAGUUAAUGCCAGCCACCAGCACAGCUUUUGGCAAUUCCAACAACCUUUAUAUAGCCACAUGUGUGACCGACCCAGCUGCCUUGGGCACAGCUGUGACACCGUCAAAUGUGGUUGUAUUGCCUGGCAAUUCUAUGCCGCUUGCUGCCCAGGCUCCAGCUGUGCAGCAGUUACGGACUCCUCCUAGAUCCAGCAGUGCAUUUGCAGCAAACCAGACUGUCUCCCCAAAUUUCCCACAAGGUUCUGCCAUUAUAAUCGCAUCUCCAGUGCAACCUGUUUUGCAAGGAAUGGUGGGAAUGAUCCCUCUCUCGGUAGUAGGACAAAAUGGAAAUACUUUCUCAGCACCUGCCCGCCAGGUUCUCCAUAUGCCUGUGGCUAAUCCGGUGUGCAACAGAAGUGUCCCGAAGCUUCCCAUCCCUCCCAAAUCACAAAAGAUUCCUGGAGCAAGAAACAAGACUAAUACAGGAAAACUGGUACCAAGUGUAGCUGAGCCUUUGAACCACACGAAUUCUCGAACACAAAGGACUGGAAAUUCGGACAAGCUUAGCACUGCAGAAGUAGCAAGGAAGGUAGAGGAGAACUUACCUGUAGCACCAGUAGAGAGCACAAGCUCAAAUUCAAGACAAAGUGAAAGUCACAGGAGAGUCCUUUGCUUUGAUAACGUCCUACCUGUUGCAGGAGGAAACGCCCACAUUCAAACGACUAAGAGUUCAUCCCAAAAAGAAAGAAAUGAAAACGCUUCAUUUGCUGCUGACUCUGCAUCAUCCUCUAAGGCACAGUCAGCAAAGAGAGAGAAGGAUAAAACGUUGCCCAGAAUUCUGUGUAAGCCAGAAGUUGGCAGCAACAGAAGCGCAUCUGCCAAGGAGCCGCAGCCCGAGCGGAAGGUGGCAGCUGCAGGGCUUCCACCGGAUCCCUUCCACAAGACUACCGCAAAUAAAGAGAAUGAAUUACGGAGAGAUAGUGAGGAAAAGCAGAAGAACCAGGACACGGCCAAACUCUCAAAUGGCCAGCAAAGCGUUAGCUUGUGGAAUGAGAAGGCAGUUGCUUCAGUGCCAGAGCUGAACAAAAAGCAAGGGGCGCUGUCAAACGGGACUAGCAAAUCUUCCGUGUCUGGUUCUUUGUCUUCAAAGGAGCCAAAGCGAGAACCAGCUAAAGGUUCCAACCAAGGCCUUUGCCUGUCAAGUCCGUUCACUAAACAGUGCGUGGAAAUGCUGCAAGACAUUCAGUGGCACAGCCCAACUAGUAAAACAGUUGAAAACGGAGAGUUGCCAGUACCCCGUACGCCGUCUGGAGUCGGGGACAGGCACACGGAGGAUACUACAGACAGCGUACGGACACCGACCUGUCGGCGCUUCAGCGAGGACAGCGCGACCCCCAGAGUGAUGGUGCCCCCUGCCACGCCAGACCUGCCCGCCUGCAGCCCGGCCAGCGAGACGGGCAGCGAGAACAGCGUCAGCAUGGCUGCGCACACCCUCAUGAUCCUGUCACGGGCGGCCAUCGCCAGGACUAGCGCCGCAACGCCCCUCAAGGACAACAUGCAACAGUUCAGGUCUUUACGGAGCACGGUAAAGAAAAGGAAACUGGAGGACUUGAACGAGGGCGAGAGAAAUUCUCGUUCUGCAAAUAGGAAAGACCUUCAAAGCUCUCCAACACAAUCAAAAAAGAAGAAAAUAAAGAAAAAGAAGCUGCCAAAUUCUUUUCCAGCAGGAAUGGAUGUGGACAAGUUCCUGUUGUCUUUGCAUUACGAUGAAUGAAAAAGUUGUUGAACGGUGACUGUCUGAAGCUGAGUAUUGUUGUGCUGAGGUUUUGCAUGGGAAGAGAAGUUAAUUCUGAGGAGUGAGUUGCACUUUCAGUGCACUGAAUUUUCACUUUAUAGCAAAAUCAUGCUGUUUCUGAAGCAGGUUGCUAAGUGUAAAUAUCAUUAAGUUGGUAUAUGUUUAUUUUUUAAAAAGCACUUGCGUAAUAUAGAGCCUUUUAAUUUGCAAAAUUGUAAAUUUGUAUAAAUGUAAUGUAAGAAAAGUUGUAUGUUUCCUGUUAGACCACGUUGUCUGUGUUCUGCUGCGUUCUCUCCUUCCCCCUCUGAACCGCUGUAGCCGAUCGCUGCCACGGGGUGAGUCUGGCGGCGUUGGAAGUUCACUGCUGUGGGACGGGGCAGCCAGCCCGGCCGCUUGCCUUGUCUUGUUCAGUCCCAAAGGGACUCGGUCGUUGGCUGUAAUGGGCUCAUACUAACGCGCUCUCCUCUCAUUGCCGUCAAACCCACGAUGUGAGGCUUUGAAAGAGUUAAUUACACGUGAGGCCAGUAAAACCUCCAGUGGUAUUUCUCAUCCGAUGAAGCUUUUCCCAACCAGUCAUGCAGAUAGGAACUUGAACUUGUCUCCAUCUCAUCUCUUUACUGGAUUUGCUACAGGGGAUGUAAUUUGUUAUUUGAAUGCAAAAGCUGCUUUCAAGCCACGUACUUGGCUGCGGGUUCCCCCCCUGUCCAUACCGUGGUACGAAUACUGACACUGUAGCAAAAGCCAGACCAGAAUUUCAGCGUGUUCUGUUGCAAUCGUCAGUUCUUUCACGGUCAUUUGUACUGUUGAGAAAGCAUUUGUUAAUGUCACUCAUGCUUUUAGUCAGACAUGGAAAAAUUUGCAUCUCGUCUUUCUGUUUAAUGUUGAAUUUUCAUAGCUGCUGUAGGAAAUCUCUUCAAAACAGGUACAGGAAAAGCUCAGCCUCUAUCUGCGUAAAAAUGAGCAUGGGUGAAAAUUACCACGCCAAGCCUUGCUCCAGUACUGCAGAACCUUCUCUACUGGUCUUUCCUCUGUUUUCAAAUUGUUGAGGUCUUAAAAGUGCAAGGGUUUUUUAAGAGAUCUGUACAGCAACAGGGCAAUGUUUCAGAUAGUUUAUGAGGAUUCCUAAGGAACAAAUAUUAUGCAGUAGAUGUUUAUAUUAAACCCAUCCAAUAACUAAAUACUGCAUAGCAUUUACAGCUUGAAUAAAUAUUUUUGGUUUAAUAAGAA